AUCCUCUAUAAGAAGUUGAAGCCUCUCACGCGCUAUUUUGCAGAGAAACUCGCAAUCAAAAAUAGCAAUAAUCAUUGAAACACAAACACACGGCUUGAAGGUUGAAGCUGAGAUACAGUGAAAGGUAAGGGGGAAGAGUUGCUCUCGAGUUACUCUCGAUGGCCGGCUCGUGGAGAUCUCGUGGAGUGGUUGUAUCAGCAAUCGUCUUGUUCGGAUGUCUCUUUGCAAUUUCCAUUGCAAAAGAAGAAGCUACCAAGUUGGGAACAGUCAUUGGGAUAGAUCUUGGCACUACUUAUUCCUGUGUUGGUGUUUACAAGAACGGUCAUGUUGAAAUUAUAGCAAAUGACCAAGGAAACCGUAUUACCCCAUCAUGGGUUGCUUUCACUGACAGUGAGAGGCUUAUCGGUGAGGCUGCAAAGAACCAGGCAGCUGUCAAUCCCGAAAGGACCAUCUUCGACGUCAAGAGACUUAUUGGAAGAAAGUUUGAAGACAAGGAGGUCCAGAGGGACAUGAAGCUGGUUCCAUAUAAGAUUGUGAACAAGGAUGGCAAGCCUUAUAUCCAGGUUAAGAUAAAGGAUGGGGAGACCAAGGUCUUCAGUCCUGAAGAGAUCAGCGCUAUGGUACUGACCAAGAUGAAGGAAACGGCUGAAGCAUUCCUUGGGAAGAAAAUCAAGGAUGCUGUGGUCACCGUUCCUGCUUACUUCAAUGAUGCCCAGAGGCAGGCUACCAAGGAUGCUGGUGUUAUUGCUGGACUGAAUGUGGCAAGAAUUAUUAAUGAACCGACUGCUGCUGCUAUUGCUUAUGGUUUGGAUAAGAAAGGAGGCGAGAAGAACAUUCUUGUCUUUGAUCUUGGUGGUGGAACAUUUGAUGUCAGUAUCUUGACAAUUGACAAUGGUGUUUUUGAGGUUCUCUCGACAAAUGGAGACACACACUUGGGAGGUGAGGACUUUGAUCAAAGGAUUAUGGAGUACUUCAUUAAAUUGAUCAAGAAGAAGCAUGGGAAGGAUAUCAGCAAGGACAACAGGGCCCUUGGAAAGCUCAGGAGGGAAGCUGAGCGAGCAAAGAGAGCUCUUAGCAGCCAGCACCAAGUCCGUGUGGAGAUUGAAUCACUUUUUGAUGGAGUGGACUUUUCUGAACCUCUCACCCGAGCUCGCUUUGAAGAAUUGAACAAUGAUUUGUUCAGGAAGACCAUGGGACCUGUGAAGAAGGCCAUGGAAGAUGCUGCAUUAGAGAAGCGCCAGAUUGAUGAGAUUGUUCUUGUUGGUGGCAGCACUAGAAUUCCAAAGGUUCAACAGCUCCUCAAGGAUUAUUUUGAUGGAAAGGAACCUAACAAGGGUGUAAACCCAGAUGAGGCUGUUGCUUAUGGUGCUGCUGUACAGGGUGGCAUCUUGAGUGGAGAGGGUGGUGAUGAAACCAAAGAUAUCCUUCUUCUGGAUGUGGCUCCCCUUACUCUUGGUAUUGAAACUGUUGGUGGGGUGAUGACCAAGUUGAUUCCUAGGAACACUGUUAUCCCUACCAAGAAAUCUCAAGUUUUCACUACUUACCAGGAUCAGCAGACUACUGUCUCCAUUCAGGUCUUUGAGGGGGAAAGGAGUCUCACAAAGGAUUGCAGACUGCUUGGGAAAUUCGAUCUGACUGGCAUUCCUCCGGCUCCAAGAGGUACCCCGCAAAUUGAGGUUACAUUUGAAGUUGAUGCCAAUGGUAUCCUAAAUGUCAAGGCCGAAGACAAAGGCACUGGUAAAUCAGAGAAGAUCACUAUUACGAAUGACAAGGGUCGUCUUAGCCAGGAGGAAAUUGAGCGAAUGGUGCGUGAGGCAGAGGAGUUUGCUGAGGAGGACAAGAAAGUGAAGGAAAGGAUUGAUGCUCGUAACGGUUUGGAGACCUAUGUUUAUAACAUGAAGAACCAGAUCAAUGACAAAGACAAGCUAGCUGACAAACUUGAGUCUGAUGAAAAAGAGAAAGUUGAAACUGCUGUAAAAGAAGCCCUUGAGUGGCUUGAUGACAACCAGAAUGCUGAAAAAGAAGACUAUGAAGAGAAACUUAAGGAGGUUGAAGCGGUUUGCAACCCAAUCAUCACUGCUGUAUAUCAGAGAUCUGGCGGAGCCCCAGGUGGUGAGUCAGCGGAAGACGAUGAUUCACAUGAUGAGCUCUAAGAAUCUUUGGUUCGGAGGGGGAAAAAUGAGGAUCUAGGUUAGGCGAGGUUUAAUUAAGAUGCUGCAAUUCUCUUAUGGUAGAAAGGUGAAGGGAAAGGAAUUUUCCCAUUCCUCGCAUGUUUUUUUGGAGGUUAAAACACAUUGAAGAGAUUCCUUUUUAUGUUCUUUAGUCUAAUUUUAUACUUUCUUACAUUAAAAUCUGUUUCAAUUUGAUUUGA